AUGACCGCUUCAUCAAAUCUACCGGGUGUGAACGGCGACACCAACGUCAGGCCAAAUGACCAUGGUAGACAAAGCGAUGUAUGGAAGCAUGCUCCUGUCCUCAUUGGCACUACCAAAUUUGAGCCUCGCCCCGAUGUUAAGAACAUCAUGAUUACAGGCGGCGCUGGCUUCAUCGCUUGCUGGGUCGUCCGCCACCUCACUCUGACAUAUCCACAUGCCUACAACAUCGUUUCAUUCGACAAGCUGGACUACUGUGCUUCUCUUAACAACACUGGCAUCCUUAGCGAAUCACAUAACUUUACCUUCUACAAUGGCGAUAUCACCAAUCCUGCUGAAGUUGUUGACUGUAUGGAGCGGUACAACAUCGAUACCGUUCUCCAUUUUGCCGCUCAAUCCCACGUAGAUUUGAGCUUUGGCAACUCUUAUGGCUUCACGCAUACAAAUGUCUAUGGGACACAUGUUCUACUCGAGAGUGCCAAGAAAGUUGGCAUUGGACGCUUCGUCCAUGUGUCGACAGAUGAAGUCUACGGCGAGGUCAAAGAAGACGACGACGACCUUCUUGAAACUAGCAUAUUGGCCCCAACAAACCCAUAUGCUGCCAGCAAAGCAGCGGCUGAGAUGUUGGUCCAGUCUUAUCAGAAGAGCUUCAAGCUCCCGGCCAUUAUCGUGCGCAGCAAUAACGUAUACGGUCCUCACCAAUACCCAGAAAAAAUAAUACCCAAGUUCAUAUGUCUUUUGAAUCGCCAGCGGCCGUUGGUGCUGCAUGGGGAUGGUUUACCGACACGACGGUAUUUGUACGCUGGCGACGCAGCGGAUGCCUUCGACACGAUUCUGCACAAGGGCCAAAUUGGCCAGAUUUACAACGUAGGCUCACAUGACGAGGUGUCCAAUCUAGAACUCUCAUCAAUGCUUCUCGAUCGAAUGGAGAUCUCACACGACACCCCAGAGCAGCUCCGCAAGUGGAUCAAAUACACUCGGGACAGGCCCUUCAACGACCGCCGAUAUGCAGUCGACGGGACCAAGCUAAAACGACUCGGUUGGGAACAGAAGGUAUCUAUAGAUGAGGGCCUCAAGAUCACGGUCGAUUGGUUUACUCGGUUUGGAGAGUCUUGGUGGGGAGACAUCAGCCACGUUCUUACACCCUUUCCUACGGUGAGCGAUGGUGAGAUGGUUCCAGACGAUGCGCGAUCAAUGCGCGAUGAACCACAUGACUCGCAAGAAAUUCAGCAAGGCAAGCUUCCGGAGCAACAGAAGAAGGAGGAUGCCAAUGGAUGCCGAGACACGAGGAACGGAGACGGCAUGAACGGAGUGUACCAAACUAGCGAGCGUCAUAUCGCUGUUUGA